AUGGCAGAAGGUUUACUGGAUGACUCUGGCAGUGGGGAAACCAUGGAGAAGGUCGGUGACAUGUGUUUCCGCAAUCUGUUAAUGAGAUCAUUUUUUCAACAAUCCGGUCGUGAUAAAUCUCUUUACUUGAUGCAUGACUCAAUGCAUGAGUUAUCGCAAUUUGUAUCUGGAGAAUUUUGUCUCAGAAUGGAGGCUGGAAAGCAGCAAAAAAAUCCUGAAAGGGUUCGACAUUCAUCAUACCUUCGUGAAUCAUAUGACGGCUCUGAGAAGUUUGAUUUCCUUCGUGAAGCUUAUAAUUUGCGGACUUUCUUACCAUUAAAUAUGUCUUUUGAAGUUGAAGCUUGCUACUUAACUCAUAAGGUACUAGUUCAUAUGUUGCCAACACUAAAGCGUUUGAGGGUUCUAUCCUUGUCACACUAUCAGAUCACUGACUUGUCUGAUUCAAUUGGAAAUCUAAGGCAUCUACGCUACCUUGAUAUAUCUUACACUGCAAUCAAAAGAAUAUCUGAAUCAGUAAGCACACUUGUGAAUUUGCAAACACUGGUACUGUCACACUGCUAUCAUAUGAAUGAGCUGCCUAAAAACAUGGGGAAUCUGAUCAAUCUGCGUCACCUCGAGAACAGUGGAACUUCUUUGAAAGGGAUGCCAAUGGAAAUGAAAAAAUUAAAAAGCCUCCAAACUUUGUCUGCCUUUGUUGUGGGCAAGCAUUAUGGGUCAAGUAUCAGAGAGUUGAGAGACCUCUUCUGCCUUGGGGGAACACUUUCAAUUUUAAACUUGGAGAAUGUGGUUGAUGCUAUGGAUGCCAGGGAAGCCAAUGUAAAGGAUAAGAAGAACCUUGAUGAGUUAGUGCUGAAAUGGAAAGAUAAUGAUAACAAUAUUGCAGUUGAUUCGCAAAAUGAAGCAAGUGUACUUGAACAUCUCCAGCCUCAUAAAAAGUUGAAAAAGCUUACUAUUGAUUGCUACAGUGGUUCAAACUUUCCAGAUUGGUUAGGGGAACCUUCAUUCACAAAUAUGGUGUUCUUACAUCUCAGCAAAUGUAAAAACUGCCCUUACUUGCCUCCACUUGGGCAACUUCCCAAUCUUAAAAGCCUCUCUGUUGUGCAUUUUGAUGCAGUAAAGAGGGUGGGUGCAGAGUUUUAUGGCAAUGAUUCUUCUUCAGCAAAGCCUUUUGGAUCACUAGAGACUCUAAUGUUAGAGGAGAUGCCAGAAUGGGAGGAAUGGGUUCCUUUACGAAUUCAAGGUGAAGAAUUCCCUUGUCUCCAGAAACUCUGUAUUCGAAAAUGCCCCAAACUGACUAGGGACUUACCCUGUCGCCUGUCUUCUUUAAGACAACUUGAGAUUUCUGAAUGCAGGCAGCUAGUGGUGACACUUCCAACAGUUCCCUCCAUUUGUGAAGUAAAGUUGCAUGAAUGUGAUAACGUGGUGCUUGAAAGUGCCUUUCACUUAACCUCAGUUUCUUCCUUGUCUGCAAGCAAAAUUUUUAACAUGACACACCUACCAGGAGGUCAGAUCGCCACUUCUUCCAUACAAGUCGGAUUGCAACACCUUCAUUCUCUAGUAGAGUUACAUCUUUGCAACUGCCCACGGCUGAAGGAAUUGCCCCCCAUUUUACACAUGCUCACAUCUCUUAAGCGGUUAGAGAUAAGGCAAUGUCCAAGUCUCUAUUCACUUCCAGAGAUGGGGCUGCCAUCCAUGCUUGAAAGGCUAGAAAUCGGUGGAUGCGACAUUCUACAGUCUCUACCUGAGGGAAUGACAUUCAACAAUGCCCAUCUCCAAGAAUUGUAUAUCAGAAAUUGUUCUUCUCUCCGGACCUUUCCUAGAGUUGGUUCAUUGAAAACACUAUCUAUCUCCAAGUGCAGAAAACUAGAGUUCCCUCUUCCUGAGGAGAUGGCUCACAACUCCUAUGCAUCCCUUGAAACCUUCUGGAUGACAAAUAGUUGUGAUUCUCUCAGAUCCUUUCCAUUAGGCUUCUUCACUAAGCUUAAGUAUCUUAAUAUCUGGAAUUGUGAGAAUUUGGAGUCCCUUGCAAUCCCAGAGGGACUUCACCAUGAAGAUCUCACCUCUCUUGAGACCUUACACAUCUGUAAUUGUCCUAAUUUUGUCUCUUUUCCCCAAGGAGGAUUGCCCACCCCCAACCUGAGAUUCUUUCGAGUUUUCAAUUGUGAGAAGCUCAAGUCACUGCCCCACCAGUUGCAUACACAGCUCCCAUCCCUUGAGGUAAUGGUGUUAUACAAAUGUCCAGAAGUAGUUUCAUUUCCAGAAGGAGGGUUACCGCCUAACCUCUCUUUUCUCGAGAUCUCAUAUUGCAACAAACUCAUAGCUUGUCGGACGGAGUGGCGAUUGCAAAGACACCCUUCUCUUGAAACUUUUACCAUCAGGGGAGGAUUUAAAGAAGAGGAUAGAUUGGAGUCAUUUCCUGAAGAGGGACUGCUGCCCUCUACUCUGACAUCUCUCAGAAUAUGCAAUCUUCCAAUGAAGUCAUUGGGCAAGGAGGGGCUUCGGCGCCUUACCUCUCUUAAAAGCCUGGAGAUCUACAGCUGUCCUGACAUCAAGUCCUUCCCUAAAGACGGGCUGCCUAUCUGCCUCUCGUUUCUUACCAUUAACCACUGUCAUCGGUUGAAAAAGGGAUGCCAAAGAGAUAAAGGGAAAGAAUGGCACAAAAUUGCUCAUAUCCCCUGCAUUGAGAUUGAUGAUGAAGUCAUUGUCUUGUGA